GUUCCGUCCCAUGCUGGCGCACGGCCUGGAUUCUCGACGAACAGAUCCGCCGGAGAGGCUUAAAGGUUGCACUUGUACCUGGUGCAAUGGUGGAUAUGGUUUUAUUCUACUCUCACGAGUGAGUUUGGAGUUUGAAGAGCUGCUGAUUUGGGAUGACUGAUGAAAUUAAGAAGGAAUCUCCAUCUGUCAGCAUUAAGGAGGAAGAAGCUGUUGCAAUUUAUAGUCAAGAGAAAGCAGCAGAGGAGGAUGAAGAGUUAUCACAUGCAGAAAUCUUGGACCUAUUUCAGGAAGGUCUGGCUAUGAUAGUUCAGGAUCCUUUGCUAUGUGAUCUGCCUGUACAGGUUACUUUGGAAGAGAUAAAUUCACAGAUAGCACUUGAAUAUGGGCAGGCAAUGACUGUGAAAGUAAAGAAAGGAGAUGGUGAAAUUAUGCCUGUUGUUGUAAUUCAAAAUGAAACUGUCUUGGAUUUGAAGAAAGCUAUUCAGAGAUAUGUCCAACUGAAGCAAGAACGAGAAGGAGGAACACAAUACAUUAGCUGGAAAUAUAUCUGGCAGACGUACCAUCUGACUUUUAAUGGAGAGAAGCUAGCUGAUGAUAAUAUGAAACUCAAAGAUUACGGAAUAAGGAAUCGAGAUGAAGUAACCUUCAUAAAGAAGCUCCGUAAAAAAUAAAAGAUCUGGAUGGCGCAUCAUCAGAAGUAAUUUGUUUUCAUUGGUGAUGAAGCAGAUCAUAGCUGCUACUGACAAAAUUAUUUCUUCUAUCAAAUUAUGAAAAGAAGAAGUGGACAGAGAGUUGGAUUAUUUGUUAGAAUAUUAAAGGUUAAGUGAAGAAAGAUUUUUUGAUUUGUCCCAUUUGUAAUGAAUCUUCUUGCACGGACUAUUUUCAGCAAGUAAAGUCUCAAUUAUUGAGGUUUUAAAAAAAAAAAUUAGUUUCUUAAAAUCUUAUUUUCUAAUAUACAGAUGACCUCCCUCCACAGGUUCAUGAAGUGUACUGUUCUUGCUUUGUCGAUAUCUUGGGGGCAAAAUUGGAUUUGAGAUUUCAUCACAUUUUAAAACAUAGUUUCCCUAUCAAUCAUUACAUGACACUUCCUUGAAAUGAAGCAGAUCCCUCUUGACAUUCUUCUUAUUAAAGUCAAUAUGUGGGCUGCGGGUUAUAAUUAACCCAUUUGUGAAAAAAUGCUGGCUAGGAUUUCUGCAGCGGUCUCCAAUAUUUUGAUUUCAUUUGAAUGUAAGAUGUAUUUGAUUAGACAUGCACAGAUUAAGAACAUUCUUUCCUGGGUUAAAGCUGUUGGAUUCUGAUGUUUUUGAUUUAAGGUUCUUUCAAAAGUCGGGGGAGAGGCAUAAAAUUUGUUGCUUCAUGAUAAUUUUAUUAAGCACUAAUAGAACAGAGUUGGAAAUGGGGAGAAGCAGAGUCUAUUGGGGAAGAGAAAGAAGCAGGGAAAUGAAGAUGGGGCACCAAUGUGUUCAGUCCUUCUUAUAACCCAUAAAUAUUCCAUUCAGAUUUGUAGAUAAGAGUUAACCAAACAAAUAGCCCAUAUGCAAAUAUGCAGUAUCAAAGUCUUCCAGAAUCAUGCAAAAAACUGUAACCACUAGGCAACAGACUGAACAAUUGCAAAUACAUACUGUGAUCACUAGGAGACAUACUAAACAGGUAUAUGUAUAUAGGUAGUUAUAUAAAAUACAAGCAGACAAUUAUUAAACUGCAAAGAAAAUAACAAUUAUACCACCUAAUCCAACAUUUUCUCCCCACUUUGAUUCUAAAUCACACAUUUAGAAUUAUUACAUUUGAUGAUUCAGAGGCUGGAAAAUGUGUGGUAUCUACAUAAAGUAUAAAAUAAUUAAAAAUUACUAUGUUAUUGAAAUAUAAAAUGGUAAAAUGGUAUAUAUUCUUCAAAGUAUUCACAAGAUUUAUGUCAUGCUUAGGCAGAUUAUAGGCGUAACUAUAUCACUAUAUUGAUGAUCACUUUUUUACAAGUAAAGAUGUAAAUUAUGAUAACGCAUGUUAAGUUAAAUAUGACUCAUAAUAGACUUAAAUUAUUCCAAAGAAAUCCCAUCUGUCAGACUGAUGUAUUUGCUUCUUUCUGAAUAUGAUCAGCCAAAUCUGUUAUGUCUUCAGACUCAUCAGCUAUGUAAGUGCAACACUCUUUGCUUAUAACUGUAUGUUCCCCC